GUCGGUAAAAAUAAAAUUCGUAAUUUAUGUGAUAUCGUGGUUUGUGUCCAGCAUCUGAUGUAAGAUACACAUCGCACUCAAAUGUUAUUAGUCAUUGUUCAUUAGUUAGACUGUUGGUUCGUAUAUAACUACGUGAUUUUCUUCAAAUGAUCUAACGUAUUAUAGCGACUGUAUGAAAUAACCUUAUGCAGGAUAAUUUAUCAUUUUGCUAUUUAUGAUACAUAUCAGCGGUUUUAGACAAACAAUUACACCUUUUUUAAUAUUUAAUUAUGGAAAAUGUAAUCAUAGAGCCUGAUGUUGCCGGUGUUAUAAAGAAAUUGUCAAGUAUUAUUGAAGAGCAUGCUAAUGACGCAAUAAAAACCGGCGAUGUCUUUAAAAUUGGUUUAUCAGGUGGAUCUUUAAUUAAAUUUCUAGCUGAAGGUUUGCCAUCAAUUACGACCGACUGGUCGAAAUGGAGAUUUUUUUUCUGCGAUGAACGCAUUGUACCUUUUGAUAAUGAGGAGUCUACUUAUGGUCAAUACAAGGCUAGUUUGAUGGAUAAAAUUCCAAUAACUGAAGACCAAUUUAUUACUAUCGAUACUGAGCAUUCAGCUGUUAAAGCAGCCAAUGAUUACAUCAUGAAGAUGUCCGUGUACUUUCCACCGGACAGUCCACCACGUUUCGACUUGCUGCUGCUUGGAAUCGGCCCGGAUGGACACACUUGCUCGCUCUUUCCCGGGCAUCGUCUGCUUGAGGAAACAAUUAGAUGGGUUUGUCCAAUCAAUGAUUCUCCAAAGCCACCACCUUCGAGAAUAACUCUUACUUUCCCAGUUAUUAAUAAUUCUAAGGCUUGUGUUUUUGCUGUCGCUGGAGCUAGCAAGGCUGAUAUAAUCAAGCGUGUACUGAAAGAGAAAGAAAAUUUGCCUGCUGGUCGGGUAAAUCUAACAAACGGCUCUCUUUACUGGAUCGUUGAUCAAGAAGCUGCCAAAGGCCUUAAUUCAUAGACUGGAGUGUUUUUAAUAUUUUUAUAUACAUAAACUACUAUUUAAAUUUAAAUACUAAUUAAAUAAUAAUAAAAUAACAUUCCUAAAUACAGUUUUCUUUCAAUGGAAUUUAUUUAUAAUUUCAGUUUAUUUUAAUUUAUCUGUUCACAAUAGUUUAAAUCCUGAAAUUUUAAACUUCAAACAUCACACAAGUUCAAUAAAUGAAUUUAUUAAUGAUAAAAGCUUACUAUGUACAUGAGCACGAUUAAAAAACUAAAUCAAGAUCUAAUUUA